AUGGAAGCCCAAGAAAUUAUUUGAUAUACAGAGGGAUGCAUUUGCAAACCUAUUCGCCGUAAACCUGAUCAGGAUGAGAGAGAGUGUUAUUGUAUCUGGCAUUGAGAUCUAAAAAUAGAGACGACUGAAUGAAGAAAAAGCCGAUAUGAUAAGAUAGAUUUGUUUGCAAUAACUGAUGAGGAUAUGCAAUUUAUAGAGAUUGCACAGAAAAUUUUUGAACAAGUCUUUGCUCAGAAGGAGGAAAGUGAGAAAGAUCAGUUUAAUCGGAGGCUUUAUAGCUUCCUAAAUGGGUAUCUUAAGAAGACAUUUAAGUCUUUAUUAAUGAAAUGUAGAGAAUGGAUAGAUUUUCAUUUGGAAUGAGAGGAUGAAGUGUGAUCAAUAAUGGGACAUGAAUAUGAGAAAUUGUUAAUGUCAGGAGUUGAAAAAAUUUAUUGAAAAGAAAGAUAUUGAGAUCCAAAAAUACUAUUUGAACUUCUAUCAGUUUCCAAUGAUAAUAUUGGGAAAUUCUAUUUUGGAGAAAAUUUGAUAUCAACAGAAGAGACAAAAGAAAACAUUCAUCUCUCAACUCAAGAGGAGAUUAGAUCUUGAAUUUUUAAGUCGUAUUAUUUAAUCGAGUGAGUUUACAAAAAGAAGGAACCAUUUCUAAAUUUUAAUCUUUCCAAAGGUACAAUUCAUAUUAUACAUGCUGAGAAAGAUCGAGAUAUGCCUUUUAGUAAUAGCAAAUUUUCAAUAAAAAAGGCUAAUGAACACGAAAAUAAUUAUUUAGCAGAUAUUGAUAUUUCUAUUCGUAAUGCUGAUGUUUGAGAAAUUGACUUUUUUAAAAUCUUUGACUUCACUGAGAUAAAGGCAAUUCUUGAAUCUUAUUGUAGAUACUUGAAAAUAAACUCAAAUUCUAUCUUAAGAUAUGUCUCCGAAGAGAUAAAAGUUAAUCAAUUAAAAAGUGCUUGCUCUAUAACAAAGGAAAACCAGGGAACCUAUAAUUGAUGUAAAUAUCGAAGCUUCCAGUUGCCAACAUUAUGAAAAAUGAGCUACAAAACCCUUCUACUAUCUUCCUGAACUAGGAAUUCAAGUCUGACUCAGGCAUAAAUUUCAUAUUUCUUAUCUGUUGUAUACUAAAUAUGUUUCACUUUUCAAACUAGAUCUCAGACAGACAUUAGAAAUAUUGCAUCGCCUCAAAAGAAAUGUUUUCAAAGAAUUAGACAGAAGCUAUAAUACGCUAAGUUUGAAACUUGAAGAUUCAAUAAUCAAACCAAACCCGCCAGAGUCUCUGUUACAGUUUAAACAGUUUGCGCUCCUUCAAAACGAAAUAUUGACGAAUUGAAUCGGAUGAAAUGAAUCUUUCAGAAAAGAGAGAGGUUUAGAUGAUAUUGUGAAAUUUCUAUUCAGUUCAAGCCAAAAAUUUUACGAUUGUGAUUUUGAAACAAAAGAUAAUUAUUGGAUCCCAACUUUGAGUGGCUAUGAAGAUAAUUCUAA